AUGCAAGCAUUUGUGGUGAUACUAGCAGCUCUGGUAGCGGUAGUAUUCUGUAAGAAGCCAGCACCAAUUCCACCACUGUUGCGAACAGAACAUUCACUGAGGCAGAGGCUCUUAAGUCAAGCAGACGCCGACGAUGUUACUGAUCAGUACCCAUGGGUGGUUCGUAGCAAUUUCAAGCAAAAGGUGGAUCAUUUCAACCCAACCAAUACAGCCACUUGGGAUCAGCGCUAUUACUACAAUCCAAAAUACGCUCGCAACACCUCCAUCAUUUUUCUUAUGAUAGGCGGUGAAGGACCCGAAAACGGCAAAUGGGCUGGAAAUGAAAAGGUGCAGUACCUGCAAUGGGCUAGCGAAUUUGGCGCUCAUGUGUUCGAUUUGGAACACAGAUUCUUUGGAGACAGUUGGCCAAUAAAAAACAUGAACUUUGACAGCUUGAGUUUACUCACAACUGAGCAGGCUCUAGCUGAUCUAGCAUAUUUUAUCACAUCAAUGAAUCAAAAGUAUGGCUUUAACAACCCAAGAUGGGUCACAUUCGGUGGAAGCUAUCCAGAAUGGACAGUUGGAGCUGUGGCUAGUAGCGCACCUUUAAAUCUGACACUUGAUUUUUAUGAAUACGCGCAGGUGGUACAAGAUGACCUUACCAUAACAAACAAAGAUUGUCCUGUCUAUGUUGAGCAGGCAUUCCAAGAAAUGAAGAACCUUAGCACAACUACCGCUGGACGGCAAAAGCUAAACAAAAUUUUCAAUCUACAGCCACCUUUUACCGAUAAUUCUACUGCGUUGGAUAUCACAAACUUCUUUGCCAAUGUCUACAAUGUUUUUCAAAGCAUGACCCAGUACACAUAUGAUGGACGGAAUGCUGAAUCCGAACAAAACCUAACCGACGCUAAACUCUGUCAGUUGAUGAUGAACCCGAACGUCGCCGACGUAGUUACAAGAGUUUACGAUGUUUAUAUAUGGUACAAUGAAGUGACUGGUGACCCUAACUCCGAUCUCACAGUAUUCCCUAACAGCUACACAGACAUGAUCAAGUCUGUUAGCACUGGAAAUCUAAGUGUCUUGGGAGAAGAUAAUGCUGCUGCUCGUGGCUGGAUGUGGCUCUGUUGUAACGAAGUCGGGUUCAUGCAGACUACCAGAAAUGACAGCAUAUUUGGCGGAAAUGUUCCUUUAGACUACUACAUAAACAUGUGCAGUGACAUGUUUGAUCCAUCAGUGAAUAUGAGCUAUCUUGAGCCUAGGAACAAAGCUGCACAAACUUACUAUGGUGGAAGCGAUAAAUAUCAAGCACACAAUGUCGUACUUCCAAAUGGUUCCCUGGAUCCGUGGCAUGCUCUGGGAUGUUACCUUAAUAACACUGCUGGAGUUUAUCCCAUUCUGAUCAAUGCCACAGCGCAUUGCUCGGACAUGUAUCCGGCUUAUGACGGAGAACCGCAAGCUCUCGUUGGCGUGCGAGAACAGAUCAAAGGGCAUGUAAGAGACUUUAUAAAGUACAAUCCAGCUAUUGAUGGACCCACAGGCAGCACAACAUCGGUUUCUGUUUCUGGUUUCGCCUCGUUAGCAAUUCUUCUGAUGACUUGCAUGUGA